AAACUCUAAAAUGAGAAGACCCAAAUCAUUGACAAGGAUUGCGAGUCCUUUCCAGCGAGGAGCUGCUUGAGUUUGGAAGUUAAUGUAUUGACGUUGUGUUCUCUGUUUUUUUCACUCUGCAUUCACAGUGGGAAUCGGCUGUAUCUAAAUGAAAUGGUUUGAUGAUGUCGGGAUUGUUUGCCUUCAGACGUGCUUGAAGUGCUGUUUGAUUGCAUACCGCUAUUGAUCUGUUACGCUUAUUAAAGUGUUUCUGAAUAUGCAAGCUGUAUCGAAGUGGUCAGAAGGGGAAUGUGUGAGUUGGGCUACAUGGGUUCCAACCCGGAGAAGCUGCAGUUCUCACAAAGGAGCCUCCUUUGUAAGAACAGCUGCCUUGUUUGUUUCUUUGAGAUCUCACAAACCCUGACACCCUGGUGCCCUUGACAGUAAGCAAGGACAGGCAGCAGUUGUCUGAGAGUAAACAGUCUCUCCAUGCAGACGUGCCCUGUGUAACCCUGAAAUCCGAGUCAGCUCAGAUAUGCAAUACCGGAUUGGGCCUGGGAGCAGGCUUUGAUGUGGAUCUUUUGACUGAGUUUUCUGAGUUUUUUUUAAUUGCUUUCUCGAUUAAUCCAUUCAAGGUUUCAGGACUUUUAUUUAGACUUGCAUGUGUUUUUGUGGAAUUUUAGUCAUCCAACAGUAGACCAAGUAUCUCAAUGGUAACAUAGUCAUCAUCAUUCCUCCUGAACAGAGAGAAAAGGUCAGCCAUUGCAGAUGGGAUUCCUAACCAUAUGAGUACUGAGGAAAAACUGGAAGAAGGGUUUGUGUAUUGCAGGGGGUGGGUUAACCUUGUCAGGUGGUUCUGACUCCGCCUCUUUAUGGAAUCAUGGGAAAUGUAGUCAUUUCCACAUUGGACUGCUGCCGUUCUCUGUCGGACUGCUUGUGGCGAAGGCACGCUUCUGCCUGGUGCGACGAGCAGUCCCCUUUGCUGCCUGAAGUCCGUAAAGCCAGCCCGUCCAUUCCUGAGGUUUUCCCAAGUGCCUUGGAGAGGAGCUCACAGGACUUGCAUGACCUGAUCUACCCUGAGAUUGUUCCGAGCCGUUCUCCGGUGAGCGUGCCUGUCCAUGCAGAGCCUUUGGAGUCUAUCCAGGUCUUGAGUCCUGAUACCGGUGAAGACGGCGCACUUCUGAACCCCGUCCCUGUCCAGCAGAAACCCGCAGUCUCUGCAGCACGCUCCAGUGUGCUUCAGGAGAACUCGCCACUGGUGGAUAGCAGGAACUGCGUAUGUGCAGAGGUGCAGGGCCAAGAUGUGGGGCUUCCUCCCAGCCAAGAGCCCCAUGAGUUGCGCAGAGCUCCUGUGCCAGGCAGGCGAAGGAGACCACGGCUGGGCGGGUGUGGUGGGCAGGGCACGUCUGUGCAGGGAGCUCGCGGAUCGCCAGUCUCCCCAAGCGCCAGGCUUCCAGCUCCCUGCCCCGCUUCACUGGAUGUGAUAGCCCGGACUCGGUGCGAGCCUUCUCUUUCUCUCCGGAUGGGAGCUCCCGUUGGUGAAAAGAGGACUUUGUGCAAAGGGCUGGGAGAAGGGGAGGGGCUGGCUGGGAGCCCUGCGGACAGACCGGUCUCGCCAGGCUUCUGCUGUGCAGGGCACGCGGUGGACACCUCCGUGAUGAAUGGGGAUGGGGCUCAUGAGCAGACAGAAGAGUGUAAGCAGAAUGGAGGCGGAGACCUGGAUCAAGCAGAGGACGCCAACGAACAGGAAGUGAUUGUCAUCCAGGACACGGGCUUCACAGUGAAGGUUCAGGCCCCUGGCACAGAGCCCUUUGACCUGCAGGUGUCGCCCCAGGAGAUGGUACAGGAGAUCCACCAGGUGCUGAUGGACCGCGAGGACACCUGCCACCGGACCUGCUUCUCCUUGCAGCUGGACGGCAAUGUGCUGGACAACUUCGCCGAGCUCAAGUCCAUCGAGGGCCUGCAGGAGGGCUCUGUGCUCAAGGUGGUGGAAGAGCCCUACACCGUCCGGGAGGCUCGCAUUCACGUGCGUCACAUCCGGGACCUCCUGAAGAGCCUGGACCCCUCGGACGCGUACAACGGAGUGGACUGUAACUCGCUCUCCUUCCUGAGCGCUUUCACCGAGGGCGACCUGGGAGAGAGCGGGAAGCGGAAGAAGAAGGGCAGUGAGCUGGAGCAGAUCGACUGCACCCCACCGGAACACAUCCUCCCCGGCAGCAAGGACCGCCCGCUGUCCCCCCUGCAGCCACAGAGCAAGGACUGGAAGCCCUUGCAGUGCCUGAAGGUCCUGACGAUGAGCGGCUGGAACCCGCCUCCCGGGAACAGGAAGAUGCACGGGGAUCUCAUGUACUUGUACGUGGUGACGGUGGAGGAGAGGCACGUCAGCAUCACCGCCUCCACCCGCGGAUUCUACCUCAACCAAUCCACUACUUACAUCUUCAACCCCAAGCCAGCCAACCCCAGUUUCUUGAGCCACUCCCUGGUGGAGCUGCUGAGCCAGAUCAGCCCAGCAUUCAAGAAGAACUUCACAGCCCUGCAGAAGAAAAGGGUUCAGAGACACCCGUUUGAGAGGAUAGCCACCCCCUUCCAGGUGUACAGCUGGACAUCCCCACAGGUGGACCAUGCUAUGGACUGCGUGCGAGCCGAAGACGCUUACACUUCCCGGCUGGGCUACGAGGAACACAUACCUGGCCAGACACGGGACUGGAAUGAAGAGCUCCAGACGACCAGAGAGCUGCCACGCAAGAACCUGCCCGAGAGGCUGCUGAGGGAGAGAGCCAUCUUCAAGGUGCACAGCGACUUCGCGGCGGCCGCCACGCGGGGGGCCAUGGCGGUCAUCGACGGCAACGUGAUGGCCAUCAACCCCGGCGAGGAGACGCGCAUGCAGAUGUUCAUCUGGAACAACAUCUUCUUCAGCCUGGGCUUCGACGUGCGCGACCACUACCGCGAGCUGGGCGGGGACAGCGCCGCCCACGCCGCCCCCACCAACGACCUGAACGGGGUGCGGGCCUACGGGGCGGUGGACGUGGAGGGGCUGUACACGCUGGGCACCGUGGUGGUGGACUACCGCGGCUACCGCGUCACUGCCCAGUCCAUCAUCCCCGGCAUCCUGGAGCGCGAGCAGGAGCAGAGCGUCAUCUACGGCUCCAUCGACUUCGGCAAGACCGUGGUGUCCCACCCCAAGUACCUGGAGCUCCUGGAGAAGACCAGCCGGCCGCUGAAGAUCCAGCGCCACGCGGUGCUCAACGAGAAGGCCGAGGCCGCGGAGCUGUGCUCCUCCGUGGAGUGCAAGGGCAUCAUCGGCAACGACGGGCGCCACUACAUCCUGGACCUCCUGCGCACCUUCCCCCCCGACCUCAACUUCCUGCCCGUGGAGGGCGAGGAGCUGCCGCCGGAGUGCAGGCGGCUGGGCUUCCCGCGCCAGCACCGCCACCGCCUGGCGUGCCUGCGGCAGGAGCUCAUCGAGGCCUUCGUGGAGCACAGGUACCUCCUCUUCAUGAAGAUGGCUGCUCUUCAGCUCAUGCAGCAGAAAGCCAGCAGGGACUGUGGCGGCAGCGUGCCGCCGGCCCUGGUGGCGAACGGCGACCUUGAGUCCUCGCCUUCCCAGGACCCCCCGUCCCAGGACGGGGACGAGGCGGCCGUUCCUACGGCAACGGCGGCCAACGGGCCCUUGCCCCAGGCCCUCGGUCAGCCUGAGAACGGGGAGUGCGAGACCCCCCGGUCCUCGGAGGGUAAGGGCGCAGAGGAAAAUAUCCCGGGACUAGCCCAGGCAAAAGAGCUUGCUGAGGCCGUAGCAGCAGACGAUGGAACAGCUGAUGCCAAGAGUCGGGAUGUGGUCCUCAAUGCCUGCAAAGCCGUGGGCUCUAUCAGCAACACCUCCUUCGACAUCCGCUUCAACCCCGACAUCUUCUCUCCAGGAGUGCGGUUUCCUGAGGACAGCCUUGAGGACGUCCAGAAGCAGAAGCAGCUCCUGAAGGAUGCUGCCGCCUUCCUUGUUUCCUGUCAGAUCCCCUCGCUGGUGAAGGAUUUUCUGGACCACAGUGCCUUGCCAAUGGAUGGUGCCACGCUGACUGAAGCCCUCCAUCAGCAUGGCAUCAAUGUGCGCUACCUGGGCAACGUGCUUGAUUUCAUCGACAAGACCCCUGCUAGAGCACAGCUCGACCACAUUUAUAAAAUUGGAAUUGGCGAGUUGAUUACCAGGUGUGCAAAACAUGUCUUUAAGACCUAUCUCCAGGGCGUGGAGCUGUCUGCCCUCUCUGCCGCCGUCAGCCACUUCCUCAACUGCUGCCUGAGCUCCUUCCCGGAUGCCGUGGCCCAUCUGCCCGCCGAUGAGCUGGUGUCUAAGAGGAAGAACCGGCGCCGGCGCAACAGGGUGCCGGGAGGUGGCAGUGGAGACAACACCGCCUGGGCCAGCCUGACCCCCAGCGAGCUGUGGAAGAACAUCGCCUCUGAGGCACAGAGCUACUACCACUUCACUCUGGAGUGUGAGAAUGUGGAUCAGGCUGUGGACAAGUAUGGGCUGCAGAAGAUAACACUGUUGAGAGAAAUCUCUGUCAAAACUGGCUUCCAGAUCCUCAUAAAAGAAUACAACUUCGACAGCCGUCACAAGCCUGCCUUCACAGAGGAGGACAUCCUCAAUAUCUUCCCUGUGGUCAAACAUGUCAACCCAAAAGCCUCUGAUGCCUUCCACUUCUUCCAGAGCGGCCAGGCCAAGGUCCAGCAAGGCUUCCUGAAGGAGGGCUGUGAGCUGAUCAAUGAAGCUCUGAACCUCUUCAACAAUGUGUACGGCGCCAUGCAUGUGGAGAUCUGCGCCUGUCUGCGUCUGCUCGCUCGCCUCAACUACAUCAUGGGAGACUACCCCGAGGCCCUCAGUAACCAGCAGAAGGCCGUGCUGAUGAGCGAGAGAGUACUUGGUAUCGAGCAUCCGAACACUAUACAGGAAUACAUGCACCUGUCUCUCUACUGCUUUGCCAACGGUCAGCUGUCCACUGCCCUGAAGCUGCUCUACCGUGCCCGCUACCUCAUGCUGCUGGUGUGUGGGGAGGAUCACCCAGAGAUGGCCCUAUUAGAUAGUAACAUUGGUCUGGUGCUACAUGGAGUGAUGGAGUAUGACCUGUCCUUGCGCUUCCUGGAGAAUGCCUUAGCCAUCAAUUCCAAAUAUCACGGCACUCGCUCCUUAAAGGUGGCCCUCAGCCAUCACCUGGUCGCCAGGGUGUACGAGAGCAAAGCCGAGUUCCGCUCAGCGCUGCAGCACGAGAAGGAGGGGUACACCAUUUACAAGAACCAGGUGGGGGAGGCACAUGAGAAGACCCGGGAGAGCUCGGAGUACUUGAAGUACCUCACGCAGCAAGCUGUGGCCCUGCAGAGAACCAUGAACGAGAUCUACAAGAACGGCUCCAACGCCAGCAUCAUGCCCCUCAAAUUCACAGCUCCCAGCAUGGCCAGUGUCCUGGAGCAGCUCAAUAUUAUCAACGGUAUCAUCUUCAUUCCUCUCAGCCAAAAGGAUCUGGAGAACCUGAAGGCAGAGGUGCAGAGAAGGCAGCAGCUGCAGGACUCGGGCAAGAGCGAGGAGCAGCAAGAGAGCAGCCAGCCAGAGCUGGAAAACAAACUGACUGCAGAAAAGAUGCAGAGCGCCCCCUCUGCGCAGGAGGCCACAGCGCCACAGCAGCCGUCCGUCUGAAUGUGUGGACUUCAGAUAUUUGAACGAUCUAUUUUAACAUAAGGGGAGGGAGGGGGUGUGGGGAAAAUGGGUGUGAGAGAGGUCGGGAGAGAGAGAGCUGGAAUGAAUGAAUAUGAGAUUGCGUGGGAGCUGUAUGAGUGUUGCGUUGCUUCUGACUGGGGGGUAGGAGGAGGCUGUGGGUGACGAGGACGUUGGGGAAAUUACGCAGAGCCAUAACGCUGACCCUUCUCACCUCGGCUCCCCCACCCCAUACCCUGAGCCCCCGUUUUUCUUCCACCCCCAUCACAGCCCCACAGAGGGGGGGGAAAAAGCUCAUAAACCCACCUGAGAGAGAGACAGCAGCUCAGCCCGGAAUUGUUCCUUGAAAAAUGCAAGCUUUCAGUUGAGGUAUACUGAAAUCUCAGGUGAUUUUUUUUUUUUUUUGGCUGUUCGGUGCACUGUGGUGAAGAAGAAAAAAAAAGUGUGAGCUUUGGAAUGUGUGAUCUUUAUGUUUCCGAAAUGGGGCUGCAAAAAACACCCCUUACCUUGACAGGAUCAUGUGUUCUAUAUAGUUAUAUCUAUGACUGUGCAAAGACUGACAUGGUAGCAGUAUAUAUGUAUAUAGAUAUAAAUAUAUAGACAAUUGCUUUUAGAAGGGUAAAAUGUCUGCCCUGUCUAAGAUUUAUUUGUAACACGUUAUAUGUGUCCUGAAAAUGGAUUCUCUUAAAAGCCAUUUUAAAAUUUGGUAAUUUAUCUGUGAGUUUCCAUAGUCUGUUUUUAUAUAAAUAUAUACAUGAGUAAAUGUAUGUAUCUAUAUGUCUCUGGGUUUCGGCAGGUACUUUAAUCACGUGGGUGGAAGUGUAAAGAUUUUGAAACGUCCAAAUCAAUCCGACAAAGUUUGUUCUCUGCUCGUUUGCUGGGAGGGAGAAGGGGUUGGGUGUGUGUUUUUUGGGGUUGUUGAAGCUUCUUAAAGUCAAAUGAUAGGGUGAACUUUUCCAGACAUUUUUAUACACAAAGUAAUAUCUGGAUGAGCUUCACUUGGGUGUUAUUGUAAGUUUUUGUUUUGGUGACGUUGUCCUGAUCAUCGCCUUGUCUUCAGUUCUGCUGUACUUUGGGCCCAAUUAAGGAAUUCUGGGUAAGGGACUGCCUACCGUGGCAGACGUGAGUCUUGUCUCUGAAUUCAUUGUCUCGUGAGAAUUAUAUGUCAAGAGUGUUACAUGCUGACGAUUUGGGAAGUUUUUCCACUUUAAAUAAUUCUGCUUGCAAGCUAAUCUCUUUUUUUUCAGGUUUUGACAUCUGUUAAUUCCCAUGGGGUCUCCACAGCUGUUCAUUCUGUAAAACACUUUUGCUGUUCCAGCUCAUGCCAAUAGCAUAGAUGUGCACAGCAAGCCUUCCAAACUAGAUUCCGCAAGGCACCUGUAACAAUGAGCGUCUUACCAAAAAAUAUGUAGGAGACUGAUUUGUGGUUCAUUUCUGAUGGUGACACCGUGUGUUUGGUGUCGGACGUCUUGGAUGAAUUUGGAUUUCUGUUUUGAAAAAGCUAUCAGCUGCCUGAAAUACGGUACAGUGAAAUUUGUCUACAUAUGUAGCAAUGCUGAAUAAAAGCCCAUUUUCAGAUAAAAGGGUGAGACUGAGGCCUGAGGUAUUCUGGUGUGAAAGUGACAAGAAUGUUACCUCUACUGCUGGGUGGUGAUAUCUGAAUGAGAACCAAAGCCAAGAUUUAUUCACUACAACUACACAGUACUCCAGAGAAAAACUGCUCUCUUGUGUAAAUUUGAAAUCUGGUUUGCCUGGGUGAGGAUGCAGAAUACUGUAUCUGGGUUCAGGGAUGUUUUGAGAAGUUAUUUGCACAUACCAUCAUCCUAUGUUUUUUUGUGUUGGUUUCUGAAUGAUUGCUCUUAUUUUUAUACUCAAAAGACUGACGCAAGAGUUAGUGUACCUACAUGUUUUUUUUUUUGAAUUUCAAAACGAAUUUACUGGCGAAUAAUUCCUCUUACAGUACCACUCAUGACCACAGUGUUGUGCUGUAGAGAAGGCGUUUGGUUGGACUCGUUGAAUUAAGUGGAGGGAUCUGUAUUAAACUGAGCAAGCUGUUUCCGAGCAUAAAGAAUAAAAUGCAUAUCUUUCUGCAUGCAUGUCA